AUGGUCUCCAAGAUCCCCAAGUUGCCUAUCAAUGCCAUCAAUGGCCAUACCGCUGGCAUCUAUGCAGACAUGUCCGUCGACGGCCCCUCCAUUGGCACGCUGGUCGCCGUCGUGGAUCGGGCCAAGAACCUGCCCAAUCGAAAGACCAUGGGCAAGCAGAAUCCCUAUUGUGCUGCCCGUCUGGGUAAGGAAGCAAAGAAGACAGAGACAGAUAUGCGCGGUGGCCAGACUCCCAGAUGGGACCAGGAGCUGCGGUUCACCGUCCAUGAGUCUCCGGAUUAUUAUCAGCUGAAGGUGUCAGUCUUCAAUGAUGAUAAGAAGACUGACUUGAUUGGUGAGACCUGGAUUGAUCUCAAGAGUCUCAUUAUCCCCGGCGGGGGCCAGAGUGACCAAUGGCAUCAGCUGCAGUUCAAAGGCAAGUAUGCGGGCGAAGUGAGAAUCGAGAUGACCUACUACGACACUCGACCAGAGGACGAGGCAGUGAUCGAGAGAAGGAAGGGAGUCGAGAAGGUCGCUCCAAAGUCAGCUGCCCCCGCUCCAGUGCCCGCAGCAACCUCUCUCUCCGGUCCACGAGAGCCCAAGCCGCUCAAGAGGAGGCCUCUGCCUAUCGACCCGACCGGAGCGCCUGCUGCACGGCCUGCUACCGCGGAUAAUGCCCAUUCUGCAUCCGCGUAUGCUCAUAUCCCACCCACGCGUCCGGUGAUGCACGAGCAUGCACACACGGCUCCUCCAGUGACUUCAGAAUACGUCCGGCCCACGUCAAGGCACGCUGCUGUGCCCGAGCCCCUCUUUGCGGCCCCUCCACAAAGCUCCUCCUCCGUUCCUCGUACGUCACGAGGAUAUCACACAUCAGAUGAUCUCCAGAGAGAGUACGUCCAGGUCAAUGGUCGCCAUGGGAAGAGCCGCUCCCAGAAGUAUCACUAUGAACCACGACAGAUCUAUCAGGAACAACCGGUAGAAGUACACUACCAACAAGCUCCGCCUGAGAGAACAUACGAAGUUGUCCAUCAGCCAGACCGCCGUCAGCAACAAGCGGAAGACAGGUAUUACCGGACUCCAGAAGGAGAAGUUGUCUUUUCAAGGGGCUAUGAGACGAAUCCCCCUCGCCAUGCACCAGUCGCAACAGAACAACCUCGUCACCAUCCAGAGCAGCCACAAUAUGGACAACAACGGUCGAUAGCUGCUGCGAACCCCGUUCAAGCAACUGUGGUGUACGAUGCACCCCCGCCAGAGUUCACUUAUGCCCGGACGGUACCUGGUGCCGCAGAGCUUCGUCAUCACAGUGAAACGGCCGCACUGCCAGCGAAGAUGGACGUCUAUCGCGAGAGUCAGUUGCGUAAGGCAGCGAGCCGUGAGGAUUAUCAUCCUGAAUAUGCGUCUAUGCAGCCCCGUGUCGAAGAUGAGGAUGAGGAUGGCCCUCCACCGCCACCGCCGGUGCACAGAUCGGCCUUCGCGCAGACGAGUCAGGCCCAGGACCUUCCCGCUGUCCCUUAUCAGGCAUACACACCCGACCUUGUUCGUUCAGCAUCUCCUUCCACAGACUUCGACAUGGCAACUUCCGCUAUGUCCAUGUCCUCCCGGACGUCGUAUAGCCAGCACCCGCAGGGACGUUUGCAGGAUCUGCCUGCCAAUGGCCCGGAUGUACCGCCAAGUCUGGUUGCGGGAUAUGACCCAGUGAUUGCUGAGGCAGAGUCAGACAGGGCGAUCUACGAGAAACGGGCCCACUUGAACCACAAUGAAAUGCAUCUUCCAGAGGCGCCUGUCACCCAAAUGGUUGAACAACCAUCGUACCAGGCUCCUAUCGGCGUCCAGCGUUCGAAUGCUGUUAUUACGGCUGAGCCAGGAUCGUCUUAUGCGGACACCCGAACUGGUAAGCCCAGGUCCGUGAGCCCCAAUACCCGUGGUGUCCCUAAGAGGAAGUCAGUGAGCCCUAGACCACCGCCAGUGGAGGAGCGAGGUCUAUCGGGAGUACCAUUCUCUCCUGACUCGUAUGAUGCAUUGAAUCCCAACGCCGGAAGAUCGUCAAAGGUCAGAACCGCCGUGGUAGCCUUUGGGGGCCCUGACGGGGGAAGAGAUUCUGCCUCCGCUGGUAACGACCAUGAGUUGGGACCCAUUAUAGGUGACGAUGGCAAGGUUAUUGACCCCUCGGAUCACUUGCCCAGUGACACAUGGGCUCCUGAGCCGGAAAGAAAGACGAAGAAGCCAGAAGUUGUCGUCCGUUUCAAGCACACGCCGCAGUCGUCGACACCGACCAGAAGUUCGCGAGAUAUGGUGGCCAGCCGCCCACAUUCAAAGCCACAGAUCAUAGAGAAACAACGGCCAGUAACAUACGCCACGCCGAGCCCGACCAAUAACUCCGUCGUGCGGACAUCUCCGCGCAGUGAUCAAGUCCUUCGAGAACGCGAGAACUAUGCAGGCUACGGUCACGCGCGGAAUUACAGCUCUCCCAACGCAUACGACACAUCUCGGAACUAUCGAAUUUCAACUUCGCCCACCCCGGCCUCGAAACUGUACGAACCGACUCGCACCGGGCCACCGAUUCCUGUCAAAGUGCCAGUGGCACAGCCCAUGAAUCAAAAUUACCCAGUCAUGGGAGCCAGCCCAAGCAUGGAUGCAUUGAGCAAGGAGAUCAAAUCCAUAGAUAUCGGAACCGUGGGUUGUGGUUCCGGUCGGACUGCACGUAGUAGGUACGCUCCACAAACCUCUGUGGUCGGAGGUGCUGGAUAUGCUAUGUGA